AUGAAGGGCACCAUCAGUGGGCGUGAGGAGCGCACCCUCAUGAAGCUGCUGGUCCACGCUGACAGCGACAGGGUGGUCGGCUGCCACAUGGUGGGCCCGGACGCAGCGGAGAUCAUGCAGGGGCUGGCCAUUGCCCUCAAGUGCGGCGCCACCAAGAAGCACUUCGACUCGACGGUCGGCAUCCACCCCAGCGCCGCGGAGGAGUUUGUGACGAUGCGCACCCGCACGCGCCGCCUGGAGGGCAAGGGGGACCUCAAGCUCUGA